AUGGCGUCCAAUGUCUCCUCGGGGACCAUCGCUGCUUCGCUUAUGGUACAGACGAACCAAUUCGACCGCGACGACUCUAUAGAGGACGAAGACGCCGAGUAUAUGACUGCAGUUGCUCCCCCUGGUCCAUUGGGUCUUAACCUGGAUGGCGGAGUGCUGGGGCGCGCUGUGGUGAUGGGGUUUGUCAGGUUAAACGAUGGAUCGAUAGGCGCUCUCGAACGUACUGGAGAUAUCGCCCCGGGCUCAGUGAUCGUGCGAAUUAACGGAGAGGAUGUUUCGCACGCGUCACUUAAAGAAGUGGGCCUAAAGCUCAGUGAUCUGAGCCACCAACCGCGCACAUUAGUGUUCCGCUUGCCACCGAAGAAACAGCAAGACAAUCAACAUUCUAACGUCGUACGCCGCUCCGCACCGAUGCCUCAACUUGAAGAAGAUUUCGACAAACGCCGGAAAUUUGAGCUGGAGCUGGUCAUGCAUUACGACAAGCAGGCUUUGUCUCGCCGCGAUUGCUGGUUCUGCAUCGAUGCCAAGUGGAUGGCUCGAUGGGUGGAUUUCGUGUGUCGAGGAGGACGAGAACCUGGCCUCAUUACCAACGAGACUUUACUGCACGAUAAUUGGCGCGAAAUGCUCGCUCACGAUACCCCUGGACGACCAGAUACAGCGCGUGAAGGACUGGUGCUCAUGAAAGAUUACCGCGUGGUAGUUCCGAUGGUUUGGUGUCUGUUUGCUGAGCUACAUGGACUUGGCGAAGCUCCUUUACUUGCACGGUAUCUGAUGGAUAUCCACGCCGAAGCAUUGAGCGAUGGAGAGGUGAGCAAAGUCCUCCAAGUGCCAAGACCAAAGGCAGCAGUGCUGGCGAACAAUCUACUGGACAAGUGUCUUGUUCGUUCAAGCAGAAAACGCUAA